UUGUACAUUUACUCCAAACAUCUUUGGCAUUUCAUAAAAAAUAAUGAGUGGACGGCUAUUAAACAGCACUUAAGGACCAUUACGUGUUAUUGUGGGCCUUGUUUCAUUUUCGCUCUCCUCUCUCGUGUUUGCGAAGAGAAACCAAAAACUGACUAUACCGCUUCAUUUUCAGCCCUUCAUCUCUGCAAUUUUCCAGGGAUGCUGCUGGCGAAUUCUCUGCCUUCACCAGCUUUGGCGUUAUAUCGUGGAUCAUCCAUACAAUUGUCUUCUCCUAAUUUUGUGACGCCUGCUUCCUUAAGCUCAACAGUAUAUGGAACCUCAAGGAGCUUUUUACCCCAAGAACUAACCCGGAAGCCUAGGUUUAAUGUCCUAACAUACAAGAGAUGGGAAAUACAUUCUGCAGCUCCAACAAUAGAUAUAACCUUGAGCAAUGAAGACACCGAGAAAUGGGCAUCUUGUAGAGAAGCUCUAUCUAUGUUCAACUUCAGUAUUGAAGAGCAGGACAAGAUGCUAGGGAAAGCAUUUGGUCAUAUCCAUUCACCCUACUGGGGUGAAGAACGGAAAGUAGAAAUUCCAGAUUACGAAUUAGUGAAUGAAAUACUGGAGUAUCUCAGAAGUUUGAGCCUCUCUGAUGAUGAUCUUUCUAAGCUUCUGAAAAAAUUCCCUGAAGUUCUUGGUUGCAACCUUGAGACUGAGCUGAAGAAUAAUGUACAGAUCCUAGAAAACCAGUGGGGCAUAACAGGGAAGCCUUUGCGAAAUCUUCUUCUUCGUAACCCUAAAGCUCUUGGUUAUAAUGUUGACUGUAAAGGAGAUUGUAUUGCUCAAUGCACUCGUUGCUGGGCUAGAUUUUAGAUGAACUCAUUUUUUGUACCAAUUUAUUCAAUACUAAGUAUAUGUACACAGUAUGUCCUGCAUUUAUCUGUA